AUGAGCUUUGAAAUAUUAGAUGAUGAGCCGACCGAUAGAUCACCUAAAAUUUGUUCUUCAAAUGAAUUAGUUGAUGUUGUCGAAAAGCUAUCAAAAUUAAAAGCUCUUGCAAUAAAAAGUGCUUCGAAAGCAUUAGUUGAUGGUGUAUAUAGUCGGCUAACAGAUAGUUGGCUAAUAGAGAAUACAGUGGAGCCUCAUAAAGAACGUUACGAUGCGGAGGGAAAGGGCAAAGGUAAGGAAGGAUGA